AUGGCUACUUUCUCUCUCCACACCUGCACAGUCAAGCAAUCUCGUAUGGUGACUAACAGACUCCACAUGUUCUUCCACCUCACAGCCAUAUUAGCCCUACUCUACUACAGAUUCUCUCACCUCUUUCAUGGCGAUGUGCCAGUUUUUGCAUGGGGCCUUAUUACCAUUUCUGAGCUAAUCUUCACUUUCCUAUGGCUCCUCACACAACCAUUCCGGUGGCGACCAGUAGUUUGGUCGGUUGACCCGGAAAAGCUCCCCAGCCACGAGGAUUUUCCAGCGAUAGACGUGCUUAUAUGCACCGCCGACCCUCAGAAGGAACCAGUGAUCGAGGUGAUGAAUACAGUAUUGUCAGCCAUGGCGCUCGACUACCCGCCGGAAAAGAUGGCGGUGUAUCUUUCCGACGACGGCGGUGCUGCCGUGACACUGUAUGCCAUGAAAGAAACAUGUUCCUUCGCAAGGGUUUGGCUUCCAUUUUGUAGAAAAUAUGGAAUCAAGACUAGGUCGCCUGAAGCAUAUUUUUCAUCAUUUGGUGACGAUGAUCGUCUUCUUCGGAGCGAUGAUUUCAAUAGAGAGGAAGAAAAGAUCAAGUCGACUUAUCAAAUUUUCAAGAGAAGUGUGGAGAAUUGCGGGUUGGAUGAUUCUGUUGUGCACGAUCGGCCCCCUUAUAUUGAGGUUAUACAUGAUACUAAUAAGCAUGAAGUGAAUGAAGAUAGCCACACUAAGAUGCCUUUGCUCGUAUAUGUAUCUCGUGAGAAAAGACCAUUCCACUCUCAUCGUUUCAAGGCUGGCGCCCUAAAUGCUCUUCUUCGAGUUUCCGGAAUAAUGAGCAAUGCCCCCUACAUACUAGUCCUAGAUUGCGACAUGUAUUGCAAUGACCCUACUUCAGCUCGACAAGCAAUGUGUUUCCAUCUUGAUCCAAAGAUGUCUCCUUUACUGUCUUAUGUACAGUACCCCAGAUUUUCUACAAUGUUAGUAAGAACGAUAUCUAUGAUGGCCAAUCAAGAUCAGCUUACAAGGUGA